AUGAACAAACAAGAGCAACAUAUCUAUGCCUAUGAUCAGUCCUUUGUCCUCACCGGCAUAUCGUAUCAACAUUCUAAGAGUCGUUCCCUUCGUUACCUUCAGGAGGACUGUCUUGCUGGGGUUUAUUGCCAAGACGAACAUCCCACAGACGAAAUCUGUUUGUUUAAGGACCAAGUGAACAUAGUCGAGCCCAUCCCGACGUCGGACUCCAAUGACAUGUCUGAGUCAGCCUCAGGUGGUGGUCAAUAUGAGAAGCCUAUCGGUGGUCCAUGCUAUGUCAAAGGCAAGCUUCUAACGGGAUGCCAAUGCAAGACCGACGACGUUGUCUUUUACGCGGACAUAUUCGGGGAGGUCAACGGUGCGGUGUGCGCAAACAAGUGCCAAAAUGUGAGCAGCUGUCCCGAGCUUCCUACUAAGACGGUAAAAUGCCAACCUUACCCGGCAUGCUUCAUCCAAUGCGUUUCGGACAAGGACUGUCCUGCUGGGGGUUAUUGUCAAGACGACAAUCCCACAGGCAGAAUCUGUAUGUUUAAGAACCAGUAG